UUGUGUUGGUGUUGAUGUUGAUUGUUUACAAAAUUUACUUGAUGCUGUUUUGUCAGUAUAAUCCAUAAUUAUUAAAUAUCUAUCUCACAAUAUUACUGAUUAUUUACUAGAAUUAAAGCACCUAAAUAUCUUAACUAACUAAAAAAUAAUAAAAUGUCCUGUUGCGAUGGAGAGGAUGAAGAAGAACAACAAUCUGAACCAACUAGGGUUCGAGGAUGUACUGAUAUUUUUUGGUUGUGUUUAUUUAUAAGUUUUUGGUUUCUUAUGAUUAUGAUUGCUGCAUUUGCUUUGGUCUAUGGUAAUCCAAUGAGACUUGUCCAUGGUUACGAUAGUUUUGGAAACACUUGUGGAAUGAAAAAUAAUCCUGUAUCUAAACGAGUUGAUUUGUAUAGCUUAGAUAACAGCGAUAAACCAUUUUUAUUUUUUUUUGAUAUGACCGAUAUUAAGCAGUCAUUAAAAAUAUGUGUGAAAAAGUGUCCGAACCGUAUGAUGAUGACAUUAAACGAUAUUUGUCAAUUUCAUAAAGAUACCGGUUCAAAGUUGUGUUAUGAUAAUCCGAAAUUUGGAUAUAAUGCAUGUGACUACGGCGAUAAAAGCAAUUCCACAGCGUGCCCGAAACUUCCAAUUUACGAUAGCACUCCAAUUUUAAAUCGAUGCGUACCAAAAAUUAUUAAAGAUGUUACAUCUGGUCUCGUUUACAAUUUAUAUGGUUUACUUAAUUCUUGGGAUGUUAUCGAACAAAUUUUAGGAGAUUUGUACAAGACAUGGAGAGAAAUUCUAGGCUUAUCUUUUCUGGCUUUUGUCUUAUCAUUACUUAUGAUUGCAAUCUUUCACUUACUCGCUAGUCUUGUUACAUGGAUCGUAAUGGUAUUAGUUAGUAUAUCGUGUAUAUGCGGUACUAGUUUAUUGUGGUGGACUUACGCAGAUAUUAGAAGAACUAUAGACACUACGAAUCCAACUGAAUUACUUGAAGAAUCCGUAAGAAAUGAAACUGCUUUUCUAGUAUUUUCGAUUAUUGCUACGAUUAUAACAAUAAUUUUAAUCUUACUUGUGUGUAUACUUCGGAGAAGAAUAAGUUUUAUGACUGUUCUUUUUAAAGAAAGUGCUACAUGUCUUGCAGAAUUACCCGGAUUAUUUUUCCAACCUUUACUGACAUUUUGCACUCUUUUAAUAUUUUAUAUUUUUUGGGUCACAAUUGUUAUAUGUCUAGCUACAGCAAAUCAUCCUGGUAAUAAAUCGAUUUUUUUAUUAAAUACAUCUGGAGAUAUUCAAUUAUUAAAUCCUCAUUUUGACCACAGUGCUGUGAGAGAAACGCAAAAAUCCAAUUUAACUAUUAAUGAAUUCUCCAAACUCACUCUUGUUGAAUACGUUGAUGCGGUUUGGGUCAAGUAUAUGUGGUGGGUAUACAUAAUAGCCUUGAUAUGGGUAUCGGAAUUUAUCACUGGGUGUCAAAAUCUUGUAGUUGCUGGUUCAGUCGCUCAUUGGUACUUUAGGGGCAAAGAAUCUAGUCGAUCACCAACCUGUUCUUCAAUUGGAAAAUUGGUUAGCUACCAUUUAGGCUCUGUAGCUUGUGGUUCGUUUCUAAUAACGAUUUUUAAGCUUCCUCGUUUAAUUUUAAUGUUUUUACAUCAGAAGUUUGAAAAAACUAAGGAAACUUCAGUAUGUUCACAAUGUGGCUUAAAGAGUUGUAUUUGUUGUUUUUACUGCUUGGAAAAAUUUAUACGAUACCUGAAUCACAAUGCUUAUACCGUCGUCGCUAUUGAAGGUGCAAGUUUUUGUCGUGCUGCUAAAAUUGCAUUUUCAACUAUAGUUAGUAAUGCUUUACAACUUGCUGUUAUUAAUGGCAUUGGAGAUUUCAUUUUAUUCUUGGGGAAGAUUUUUGUAACAGCAGCUACAGGAAGUAUUGGACUAUUGAUUAUGAAGCAAGAUCCUAGAUUACAUUUUUAUGCAGCACCUAUUUUGUUAAUAUUUGUUUUCUCUUUCUUUAUCGCACAUUGUGUAAUAUCUCUAUAUGAGACGAUAAUUGAUACAUUAUUUUUAUGUAUCUGUGAGGAUAAGAAUCUUAAUGGUGACAACGGUAAAUGGCGACAAUCAAAGUUGGCCCAGAUAGGAUCUGCUAACACAAGUUCGAAUGGACAGCAUGAAUUAGCUCCUAUGAAUCAAUAACAUUCAUUUGUCAUAUCAUUCCUAAGACUAUUUUAACUGUUUCAUAAACG